UUCCUAGCUUGGAUGUAGUUAUAUGUUUUGUCCCACUUUUAAUAUACAAAGAGUAAGACACUGUAGCUCCAUAUGUAUUUCGUUGACCUUCUGUUUGCAGGCUGGAAUGGAUUUAUAUGUUUUGUCCCACUUUUGAAUAUCAUUUUUCAUAAUGAAUAUUAUUCUUGGUACUAUAAAUAACAAUGCCAAUCUCAUCAAAAAUGCACACCCUUCCUAAGUCCUAACUGAUCCAGUUGUGUUCCAUAUCUUUAGUUAUCCUUUUCCUGUCUUGAUCCGCUAUGGAGUUUGUUUACCACAAUGUUGAUGAGCUUCGUUCUGGGAAGCAACAUUGGAGGAUAUUGGUGAAGGUGGUUCGAAUUUGGUACAGCCAAGGAUUUGCCUCAUCGAAGCUUCCUCUUUCUCUUGAGUUGGUGCUGAUGGAUGACAAGGGUUCGAAGAUCCAUGCGAUUAUUAAGAAGACUUUGAUGUACAAGUUUGAGAAGUUACUGGUUGAGGGCAAUGUCUACAGUUUGUCUUCCUUCGUUUUAGUGGAUAGCAGUGGGGAUUACAAACCUACGAGACACAAUUACAAGAUUUGUUUCAUGUAUAACACUGAAGUGCGCCACAUGCCCCAUAUUACUAUUGAUGAGUUUCCCUAUAGCUUUGUAUCUCUUGCUGACAUUUUAGCCCCUAGCUAUGAUUCUGGUUAUCUUAUUGGUAAGAAUUGGUACAUGUUUUAUCUAAGUUUUGUAUCUCUUACUCUGAAGAGUUUUUGCCCAUCUAACAUGUUUUGAACUAUGUUUGCAGAUGUAAUUGGCAUUUUGACUGGUGUUGGAGUUGAGAGGGAGAUUGUUACAAAUGGA